AUGGUGCGGUAUCCUAUUUCGCAGCAAAUUUCUUAUAAUGCACUCAGUCCAAAACACAAAGCUUUUUCUUUAGCUGUUGCUACAAAUAUUGUACCUAGUAACUAUGAGGAAGCUGUUGCUCAUCCUUGCUGGAGAGAAGUUAUACAAAGCGAACUUGAGGCUCUGAAGAAGAAUCAAACUUGGCAAAUCACAAUAUUUUCUCAUGGCAAGAGAGCCAUAGGCUGCAAGUGGGUAUUCAGGAUUAAAUUCCUUCCUGAUGGAACUAUCAAAAAAUACAAAGCCAGGUUGGUGGACAAGGAUUUUACACAAAUCGAAAGUGUAGACUUCACAAUCAGCCCAGUGGUUCGAAUGUCAACUUUGAGAGUGGUUAUAGCCUUGACGGCUGCAAAGCAAUGGCAUAUCAAGCAGUUAGAUGUGAAUACUGCUUUUCUACAUGAAGAUCUACAUGAAGAGGUCUAUGCAACUUCCACCAAGGCUGCAACAAUCUUAAUUGGCAGCAACCUCAGUGUGUAA